AGACACAGAGACAGCACUGGAUCACUCGUUCAUUCAGGACAGGACCUGAACCAAGAUCAGACAAAUGACACAGCAGAGAUCGGACAGUCUGGAGUCAGCGGACUCUGAGCUGGCGCAGUGUGAGACCGAGGUGAGCACUUUACUGCAGAUCAUCUCUGAGCUCAACAGGAAGAUGGACUCCCUCCAAAUACCACGAGAGAUGAAACCGCCUGAGGGUCACGUGUGUGUCAGUGGGGGCGUCCCGCAGCAGGGCUUGAGAUCUCCGGCCUACAGCCUCACAGCGGCGGACGCUGGCACAGCAUCUGUGGAGACCAAGACCAAGAACAUCUCGGAAGGGGGCAGCAGUGAUCUUUGGAACGAGCUGCAGAAGGUUCUCUCUGCUCUCGAGAUCUCUAGCGGUCAUGGGAGGAAGAUGCUCAGGCUGCAAACGCAGAAUUCGGAGAGAGUUCAAGCACACCAUGUCUCUGCAGGCCGGGAGAGCUGGGUGAAGGCCACACAGGUGCUGGAGGAGAUGGAGAGCGAUUUGGGGAUCUCAUACCCCUCUGCUCUUCCCCCUGAUGAGAGACGUCAGUAUCAGCGGGAUGUUCUCACACUGUACAAACACAACCAAGACCUCAACACCUCCUUGAAGAGCCACCAGGAAGAGCUUCUAGGAGCUGAAAGUUUGCUGAUUGGUCUUGAGGACGAGAAAAAGUGGCUGAUGGAAAAGUUAGUGGACCUGAAGAGGAAGUGGCUGUACGGAGUGAGUCGUUCUCCUCCUGUUAGUCCAUCACUGUCCUCUAGUCGAACUUCGAGCCCUUGCUUUUCCUCUCCUCCAUAUCCUGGAUCCCCUCUGCUGUCCCGCAAACUGCCUGGCUCCAGGCCGGACUCCCCUUCAUCUCCCUUCACCGUUGAUUCUGUGCUUCAGGCUGAGAUCGAAAAGCUGCAGAGGUGUCUGGAGCGACUGAAAGCUCGGAAUGAGCGCCUGAAUGGCGCACUGGUCAGGAGGAAAGGAGAAUCAGAGCAGCUGAGCAUGAGUCUUAGCCGACAGGAGGCAGACAGCUCGGCUCUACACAUGGCUCUGGCAUACUGUGAGGAGUGUGAGGAGGCUUACAGUGACCUACUAUCCCUGUGCGAAGCCAGAAGACAACAGAACGCGGAACAAAUGAGCACACCGCAGUCUGACCUCUCAAAGUUAACAGACGUGAACUCGGACAAAGGCGAGCCAUCCUCCAGUCCACUAGAGGGCACUGCUGAGAAUAGAACAAACAGCUUAUCGGGGCAGGAGUUUGAGGGCCAGGCUGGUGUAAUUCUCCAGAGGAUCGCCAGGCUGAAGCAGGACAGGGCCGCAAUGUGUAUCCCGCAGCAGAGGGGCAAAGCAGGAGAGGGCAAGAUCAGUCCAGACACUGGCACGCUUGCAGGGGUCAGAGGUCGCACCAGUUCACUUUCCAAAAACACCAAAGAAGAGAAAGCGGUUCUACUGUAUGAGCUGGUGACAGUCAGGGAGGAGAUGUCAGAGAUGCGUGGGAAUCUUCGGCUUCUGGAAAAAGAGAGACGGUGUUUGGACCUGGCGCUGAUGGUCCAGAGUGCCCAAGAUUCUGCUGGUGCUCUGAUCCUGGACAGUCUGCGAGAUGAGCUUGGGGAGAGGAGAGCCACCCAGCAGAGAAUUGCUGAAAAUCUGGCAAAUAUAGAAGUUGAAGGGGAAAUUCCUGGUCCUCGCAAUCACUCAAUCCUAAGAGAACUGCAAGCAGCAUUGCAAAGGGAGCAAUCACUGAAGAAGAGAGUGGCGGCUUUACGUGAGUCGCUGGACUCAGCGGUCACAGACAGCACCACUCAGAGAAGGGUCAACAGAGAGGAGAAUGCACGUCUCUCCCGCUACUACAAUAAAGUCUCAAGCACUUACAGAAGUUCUCGGAAAAAGCACCAGGAGCAGCUGUGGCGACUGGAGAAGCAAAUUGCGGUAAUGAACGAACGUCACACUGCCAAGGAGGCUGAGCUAAGUGCCACACUGGAAGCUAUAAAGUGGAGGAGAGAGGAGACCAUACUCUAAAAGACUCUACAGCACAGUUCUUAGCGUCAUUUCAUUGACAAAUAUUUCCGAAGGCUAAUGCCUAGUGGAAUUUGAGUAAGAGGCUGGGUAAUCAUUGACUUAGAAAUACUGAGCAUAUAAUCCACUGAACUCCAAAAAACUAAAUUGCCACUAAAAUUGUUGCCAAGGGUGUGCCAUUUGGCACUUUAAAGGUUAAUCUUUUGCUGAGAUAUUAUGUAUAAUUUGGUAGUAAAAUGUAAAGCCUUGCACAUUUUAUUGGU